ACGAUGAAAGCGUCAAGUCUUUGGGGAAGACUAACAGAAGUGAAACCAGUGUGUCUCAUCGAUUUGUCCGUCAACUUGUUCAGCUGUGGAAGACAUUCGCGGGUAGACGUUUCCUCGACAUGUAUGAAACCCUGUUUCGGAGAUGACGACAAGUAACAUUUAAAUCUAGCGUCUCGUGGCUGUAAUGGUGCGGUGAGGCAUCCUCGGCGCUAGAGGCAACAAUGGCGCCGGGGAAGCAGCACUAGGUGCGUUACUGGGCAGCGGCGCGGGUUCCGAGAGAGACGGCAAAAUUCCAGUGGCGGCGGAGUCCCCGUGAGAAAGACAGCAAAAUUCCAGUGGCAGCGGCGUCCCCGCAGCGGAGGCGAUGGAGGUCGACGAUGGAGGCGACGGACACGGCGUGCAGGUGCCCCCCAUGGGGCCCUGCCUGCCGCCGGAGAACGCCGACCACUCCUGGAUAGACGUAGAGGCGAUGGCGAAGUGGCCGUCGCGCGAGGUGCGUAACCGGCGCGUGCUGCCGGACAUGGGCACCGAGGGCGUGUGGGUGCCGGCGCCGCCCCGCAGGGUCCACCCGGACUCGUUGCCCACCAUCCCAGAGGCGGUGGGCGCGCGGCUGACGGCGCACCAGACGCUGAGCAGCGUGCGGCAGAUGCGCCGCUUCCGGCAGAUCGGCGUGCCGCGCGACUCGCUGGACCUGGCGCUCAGCGCCAACUACGACCACGCGCGCGAGCUCUUCCCGGAGAAGUGCGACGUGCUGCUGCAGCCCGAGACGCUGGGCGUCGCGACGUGGCGCAAGGACCGCAACGUGCGGCUGGAGCUGGUGCCGCAGCCGCCGUUCCGCGGGCACCCGCUCAACCACGGCGGCGUGCCGCAGCGGCCCAACCCGCACAGCAAGCGCGGGGGCUCCUUCAACCCGCACCACCCCAAGUCCAAGGACGGCUACACGCGCACGCCCUUCGGCUCCUUCUACGCCCACUGA